UUCUAGAUUUUGGUGUCAAGUAAAGUUUCGCAUUAAAAAAAGCCAUAUUUCCAAUUUUGAGUUGAGACCAUGAGCCUGGACUACAAAAACUGGCUACUGCAACGGCUGGCCGCUUUCUACCAUUCGAUCUACUUUUACGUGUCGCUCUUCUCGAUGGCCUACUGUCUUGCAUUGUACCAGGCGCGGGAGCGGAUCUACCAGAUGGAGUUAUCCUGGGCCAGGAUAUCGCUAAUCUACAGCUGUGCCGGCAUUUUGGCCCUGAUGCUGGCCCUGGUGGCUUAUUACGCAUGGAGGGCCAUAUGCCUGGUCUGGCGGCAGUAUUGCACUCAUAGUCGCGCCACUCAUCGCACUCGAUUCCUGUUCAACUUGUACAGAAGGCAGCAAGUGCGCGCUUUGAAGUAGCAGCGGAUGGUCCUGGCAUUAUGAUCUGAUUAAUCCUCGAAUCGCUUUCAAUAAAUUAAUCAGUUUCGGCACUAAAUGGGCGCUGGGUGGCACAGCAAUAUGCAAAUCGUUUAAUCAAAAUGUAAAUGCAAAUGCGAAAAAUUAAAAUGUUCUCUCGUCAGAAGUCGUGCAAACAGA